AUGGAUGCCCUAUUAGAUUUCUCUAAGGAGUUAGAUAUAACAUUACUUGAUUCUGUGGCUGAUACCUUUUAUCGUGGUUCAGGUAAUGAACAAAAACAAGCUCAAGAAAUUUUAACCAAAUUUCAAGAACAUCCAGAUGCUUGGCAACGUGCUGAUCAAAUUUUGCAAUUUUCAAAAAAUCCUCAAGCAAAAUUUAUUGGUCUAUCAAUAUUAGAUAAAUUAAUUACAACAAAAUGGAAAUUAUUACCAAAUGAACAAAGAAUUGGUAUUAGAAAUUUUAUUGUUGGUAUGAUUAUUUCGAUGUGUCAAGAUGAUGAAAUUUUUAAAACUCAAAAAAAUUUAAUUAAUAAAUCAGAUUUAACUUUAGUUCAAGUAUUAAAACAAGAAUGGCCAGAAAAUUGGCCAGAAUUUAUACCAGAAUUAAUUGGUAGUUCAAAUUCUUCUGUUAAUGUUUGUGAAAAUAAUAUGAUUAUUUUAAAACUAUUAUCAGAAGAAGUCUUUGAUUUUUCAGCUGAACAAAUGACUCAAAAGAAAGCUUUACAUCUAAAAGAAUCAAUGUCAAAAGAAUUUGAACAAAUUUUCAAAUUAUGUUUUAGAGUUUUAGAAGAAGCUUCUUCUCCAUCUUUAGUUGUAGCUGCAUUAGAAUCUUUAUUAAGAUAUUUUCAUUGGAUUCCAUAUCGUUACAUUUAUGAAACAAAUAUCCUUGAAUUAUUAAGUACAAAAUUUUUAGCAUCAGCUGAAACAAGAGCAGUAACAUUAAGAUGUCUUACUGAAGUUUCAAGUUUAGAUAUUCCACAAGAUAAUUCAUCAAUUAAGACCCAAACAGUUCUGUUCUUUCAAAAUACAUUACAACAAAUCGCAGCAAAUGUUAUUCUACCAACAGCUGAUCUAAAGAGUAGUUAUACCAUGGCAAAUGGUACAGAUCAAUCCUUUUUACAAGAUUUUGCAAUGUUUUUAACAACAUAUUUAACUCAUCAUAGAAAUCUUUUAGAGAGUGAUGAAAGUUUAAGGGAAUUAUUACUAAAUGCUCAUCAAUAUUUAAUUCAAUUAUCAAAAAUUGAUGAAAGAGAAUUAUUUAAGACGACCCUGGAUUAUUGGCAUAUUUUAGUUGCUGGAUUAUUCCAAGAAGUUCAAGUGCUUCCUGUUAAUGAAUUAAAUCCAUUAAUGCAAUUAUCUGUUGGUAAUCAAACUGUCUCUAGUGGUUCUGGUGCUUUAAAUCCAGAAUUUAUGAAAAAAUUCCCAUUAAAGAAACAUAUAUAUGAAGAUAUUUGUUCUCAAUUAAGAUGGGUUAUCAUAGAGAAUAUGGUUAGACCAGAAGAAGUCCUUGUUGUUGAAAAUGAUGAAGGUGAAAUUGUUAGAGAAUUUGUUAAAGAAUCUGAUACAAUCCAACUUUAUAAAAGUGAAAGAGAAGUAUUAGUCUAUUUAACUCAUUUAAAUGUCGUUGAUACUGAACAAAUUAUGGUUAGCAAAUUAGCUAGACAAAUUGAUGGAUCUGAAUGGUCAUGGCAUAAUAUUAAUACUUUAUCAUGGGCCAUUGGUUCCAUUUCUGGUACCAUGAGUGAAGAUACUGAAAAGAGAUUUGUGGUUACAGUCAUUAAAGAUUUAUUAGCUUUAACUGAAAAGAAAAGAGGUAAAGAUAAUAAAGCUGUUGUUGCAUCCGAUAUUAUGUAUGUUGUUGGACAAUAUCCAAGAUUCUUAAAGGCUCAUUGGAAUUUUUUGAAAACUGUCAUUUUAAAGUUAUUUGAAUUCAUGCAUGAAACUCAUGAAGGUGUUCAAGAUAUGGCUUGUGACACUUUUAUCAAAAUUGUUCAAAAAUGUAAGUAUCAUUUUGUCAUACAACAAGCUCGUGAAACUGAACCAUUUAUUCAUGCUAUCAUCAGAGAUAUACAGGAAACUACUGCAGAUUUACAACCUCAACAAGUACAUACUUUCUACAGAGCUUGUGGUAUUAUUAUUUCAGAAGAAAGAAAUCCAACUGAGAGAACAAGACUUCUUAAUGACUUAAUGCAAUUACCUAAUAUGGCUUGGGAUGCAAUUGUAGAACAAUCUAUGGCCAACCCUGCAUUAUUGUUGGAUUCAGAAACAGUUAAGAUUAUUGCUAAUAUUAUUAAGACUAAUGUUGCUGUUUGUACCGCCAUGGGUGCAGAUUUUUAUCCACAAUUAGGUCACAUUUAUUAUAAUAUGUUACAAUUAUACAGAGCUGUUUCUUCAAUGAUUUCGAGUCAAGUUGCCACUGAAGGGUUAAUUGCUACAAAGACUCCAAAGGUUCGUGGUUUAAGAACCAUUAAAAAGGAAAUCUUAAAAUUGGUAGAAAUAUAUAUUUCUCGUGCAAAGAAUUUGGAUGAUGUCGUAAAGGUUCUCGUAGAACCUUUAUUAAAUGCUGUCUUAGAAGAUUAUUUAAGUAAUGUUCCGGACGCUAGGGAUGCAGAAGUUUUAAAUUGUAUGACAACAGUGGUAAGUAAAGUGGGUCAUAUGAUUCCUCAAGGUGUUAUUUUAAUUCUUCAAAGUGUCUUUGAAUGUACAUUAAACAUGAUUAAUAAGGACUUCACUGAAUAUCCAGAACAUCGUGUUGAAUUUUACAAAUUAUUAAAAGUAAUUAAUGAAAAAUCAUUUAAUGCAUUUUUAGAAUUACCACCUGCUGCAUUCAAAUUAUUCAUUGAUGCAAUCUGUUGGGCAUUCAAACAUAAUAAUAGAGAUAUUGAAGUUAACGGUUUAUCGAUUGCUGUUCAAUUAAUAUAUAACAUUGAAAAUAUGGGCAAUACACCAUUUGCUAAUGCAUUUUAUGAAAAUUUUUACUUCACAUUUAUUAGUGAAACAUUCUAUGUUUUAACAGAUUCUGAUCACAAAUCAGGAUUCUCAAAACAAUCUUUAUUAUUAAUGAAAUUAAUUUCCUUAGUUUAUGAUAAUAAGAUUAGUAUUCCAAUUUACAAAGAGGGUGAAGCUCCACAAGGUACAUCUAAUCAAGUAUAUUUGAACCAAUUUUUAGCUAAUAUGUUAUCUAGCGUAUUCCCUCAUUUAACUGCUGAUCAAGUGUCUACUUUCCUAAGUGCAUUAACAAAACAAUACAAGGAUCCAAGUAAAUUUAAUGGUAUAUUAAGAGAUUUCUUAGUACAAAUUAAAGAAAUUGGUGGUGAUCCAACUGAUUACUUGUUCACAGAAGAAAGAGAAAAUGCAUUACAACAGCAAAACAAGAUACAAAAGGAACAAGCAACAAAGAUUGGUGGUUUAUUGAAACCAUCUGAGCUGGAUGAUUAA